AUGUCAACCACUCAAAAGACAUUAUACGACAAGGUUUUCGAAGACCAUGUUGUUCACAAGGAUGAAUCUAAUUCAUACUUGUUAUAUAUUGACAGACACUUAGUCCAUGAAGUUACCUCCCCACAGGCUUUUGAGGGUUUAAAAAAUGCCGACAGAAAAGUUAGAAGAACUGAUUGUACUUUAGCCACUGUUGACCACAAUAUCCCAACUAUUUCUAGAAAAUCAUUUAAAAACAUUGAUACCUUUAUUAGUCAGCCAGAUUCUCGUUUACAAGUUAAAACUUUAGAGCAAAAUGUCAAGGAUUUUGAUGUCACCUUUUUCGGCAUGACUGAUUCCAGACAGGGGAUUGUUCAUGUUAUUGGACCCGAACAAGGGUUUACUUUGCCAGGUACCACUGUUGUUUGUGGUGAUUCCCAUACUUCUACUCAUGGUGCCUUUGGUGCUUUGGCAUUUGGUAUUGGUACUUCUGAAGUUGAGCAUGUGUUGGCUACACAAACUAUCAUCCAAUCUAAAUCUAAAAACAUGAGAAUCUUCAUUGAAGGUAAAUUAUCACCAGGUGUCACCUCAAAGGAUUUAAUCUUGCACAUCAUCGGUGUUAUUGGUACUGCUGGUGGUACUGGCUGUGUCAUUGAAUUUGCCGGAGAAGCCAUUGAAGACUUAACUAUGGAAGCUAGAAUGUCCAUGUGUAACAUGGCUAUUGAAGCUGGUGCAAGAGCCGGUAUGAUCAAGCCUGAUGAAACCACCUAUAAUUAUGUCAAAGGGCGUCCAUUAGCUCCAAAGGGUGAAGAAUGGGAAAAGGCAUUAAAAUACUGGAAAACUUUGUACUCAGAUGAAGGUGCCCAUUUUGAUUAUGAUAUUACUAUUAAAGCCGUUGAUAUUAUUCCAACCAUUACUUGGGGUACUUCUCCUCAAGACGCCUUGCCAAUCACGGCCAGUGUUCCUGAUCCAAGUAAUGUCAAGGAUGUGAUUAAGAAAUCAGGUAUGGAAAGAGCUUUGAAAUAUAUGGGUUUGAAAGCUAAUACUCCAUUGAAAGAAAUUACGAUUGACAAAGUUUUUAUUGGUUCCUGUACCAAUUCUCGUAUUGAAGAUUUGAGAGCUGCUGCCAAAGUAGUUAAGGGGUAUAAGAAAGCCCCAACUGUUAAACUGGCUAUGGUUGUUCCAGGCUCCGGGUUAAUUAAGCAGCGUGCUGAAGCUGAAGGUUUAGAUAAAAUCUUUGAAGAUGCUGGUUUUGAAUGGAGAGAAGCCGGUUGUUCCAUGUGUUUGGGUAUGAAUCCUGAUAUUUUGGAUCCAGAGGAACGUUGUGCCUCAACUUCCAACAGAAACUUUGAAGGUCGUCAAGGUGCUUUGUCCAGAACACAUUUGAUGUCACCUGCCAUGGCUGCAGCUGCUGGUAUUAAUGGUCAUUUUGUUGAUAUUAGAGAGCACGUUUACAAGGAUGGCGAUAUUGCUAAAGUCCCAAUUGUUGCUCAAGAAGAAGAUGAUAAGGAGUUACAAGAGAAGGUUUAUGAACAUGAAAAGGCUCCUUUACAACCUGGUGAAACUGUUGAAGAGGAAAUACAAGAUGAAAUUAAUGAUAUUCCACCAAAUGAUCAUACCUUGGAAGAACAUUCUCCAAAAAAGGAAGCUGUUCCUUCUAGUAUGCAACCAUUUUUAGUUUUGACUGGUAUUGCUGCCCCAUUAGAUAAGGCUAAUGUUGACACUGAUGCAAUUAUUCCUAAACAAUUUUUGAAAACCAUCAAGAGAACUGGUUUGAAAGCUGGUUUAUUUUAUGAAUGGCGUUUUAGAAAAGAUACUAAUGGCAAAGACCAAGAGACCGAUUUUGUUUUGAAUGUUGAGCCAUAUAGAAACGCUGAGAUUUUAGUUGUGACUGGGGACAAUUUCGGAUGUGGUUCUUCUAGAGAACAUGCUCCUUGGGCUUUAAAAGAUUUUGGUAUUAAAUCCAUAAUUGCUCCAUCUUUUGGUGAUAUUUUCUACAACAAUUCCUUUAAAAAUGGUUUGUUACCAAUUAGAUUGCCACAGGAGACUAUUGCAAGUGUUUUGUACCCAUUGGCCAAAAAGGGUAUUAAGUUGACAAUUGAUUUGCCAAAACAACAAAUCUUGGAUCCAGAGGGUAACGUUUUAAUUGAAAAGUUUGAUGUUGAACCAUUUAGAAAACACUGUCUGGUCAAUGGCUUAGAUGAUAUUGGUAUCACAUUGCAAAAGGAAGAAUUCAUUAAUAAAUAUGAAGCUAUUAGAAGAGAAAAGUUUUCUUUCUUAGAAGGUGGUGCUAAAUUAAUUAAGCCAAUUAAAGGCACGAAAAAGAGCCCAUACGGUAACACUGCCCAAGAGUGGUGA